AUGUCACUGGACCCUGGCCGUGACAUCCAACCUCUCCAAAAGGAUUCGGGCCUCUACUACAUUAACCAGAACGAAGGUCGUUACCCAGAGAGUCCUCUUGAGCCGCUAUUCCAGGCUUUGUAUAUUACAAAUCCUUCUUUCGAUAUCCGCUCUGUCGACGUUGUAACUGAUCGGAACAAUAUUCGUAAGCUUCUGGCCUUCGUCAACCCUGGCUUGACCCCUAGCGACCAUGAGCCAUUCACCAUAGGCGUAGAGGUUAUUGGGACGACUACGUUGUUUCGCCGAGACGAGAUGGCGACCACUAGGUUUAUUGAGCCAAACGAGUUUCGUGGUUUUGGCCAUGAGUUUGAGAAGGCAUGCACUACCGAGCAGGUUGUGGAUAGCGCUGGUCACCACAGGAUCAUCGGGUAUCGAUUUGGUGGCCUAAACUUUAUCGUACGCUACGAAGCCGACGGUUACGUAGGCGACGCUAAGACGGAUUCAUUACAAAUCGAAACUUCACAAGAUGACCCUCUAGUCACCAACAUGAGAGUUCUGUCAUUGUCGCCAGCCACAGCCAUCUCAACCACCACUCCUGCCCUAUCGAAACUGGUCAUCACUGAAGAAGGCCGAGCUGUGCCUCAACAGUCAAUUCUUGAAAUCAAAACCCGAGCAAUCCGGAGACCCUUAUCUGUGCCAGACGUCGCCACACAGCUCUGGGUGUCCCAAACGUCGAAGCUCGUUAGAGCGUAUCAUCAGCAUGGGAAAUUUGAAGCACCCAAAGUCGAGGACGUAGAAGCUCAGAUCAAAAGAUGGGAAGAGCUCAACCAGGCGGACUUGAAGCGAUUAGCGGCCCUAAUCAAAACGAUCUCCAAUUUGGCAAGUCAAUCUGGCGGGAAAGCCACCAUCAGGUGGGAGGAGAAAGGCAAUACGCAAUCGACGACCUCGUUGAGCGUUUAUGAGGAAGCAGAGUUGUCCAAAAUGCUUGAUCAUGGUCAAGGAGAGACCACAGAAACGACUGAAUCCCAUUACGGUGAUGGGCCUUACUCAGAAGUGAUCAGGUAUGGGGUAGAUAAAGGGUUUCGACAAUUCUUUCGCCGCAUGCCUAUGCGGCUCUCCGAAUAUCAUCUUCUUUGUGACGCCCUCGAUUCUCUUACUAUCGAUGUCACUGGUGGCCGUACCAUUCGCGAUAUCAUGUACGACAUGAGGAAAGGCAAGGACGAAUGGGAUCCAGAGGAGAGAUCAAACACCGGAGGGUUUAAGCAUAUCGCACGAGAUUCGGCUUUUCGACUCUUGUACAUGCUUUUGCAGUCAGACGUUGUCGAUACCAACAUGGCCUACAAUGCGGUAUUGUUUGUGGUUUCACACUACCGGAUAUUUAAACACCGAACUCGAAAGAUGGUGAGGGAGGCUUUGGAGGAAAAUUGUCAGAUGUCAGUAAAACAGCGGGCAGGUCUGGAUAAGUGA